AUGGUUGACCCAAUGAAUGUUAAGAUGUAUAAAGAAUAUGUUGAAGGUCAGAGCAUUAAUUUCACAACCGAUAAGAAUUUAUCAUCAAUGUUCAGACAUGCAUUCACACAAAUUAACAAUGAAGCAGAAAUUAUAAAUAAAUUUAACAUAACGACUUCAACUGUAGGAGGUCAGAAGGUUAAAUCACUCGAUGUAGAUAAAGGAAUGUGCAACCUUCAGUGUGUGGGAAUGACAGUCUUAAUGUUGAAAUCAAAUAUGUACGGUUUUGGUGUAAAUCAAACGACUCAGGAAAAGAUUCAUGAAAUAUUCAGUACUCCUCAAAUUAUUCCUUCUCAACAGCUUGAUUAUAACGCUUUCCCGAUUGCUGCCUCAGCUGCUGGUAUUCAAUCAACAAUCAACAUGCCAGUAACUAACACAACAUGCAUAAGUAUAAUGUUCCCCAAACAUGAUAACGAUUAUACAGUAUUUGAGAACCCAAUUUAUACAAACCUUCAGCUUACCGUUAAUGGAAAGAACAUGCCAGACGAGCCGGUUGAUUCAACAGGUGCUCGUUUCUUACAACAAAAUUUGGUAGCUUCUGACUUAUCAGGAGGUUUGGAAUGCACUAAAGAAUUUGAAGAUUCUAUUGUAAUGGCAAGAAAUACCCCAUCGGGUCAGAAAUAUCAAAACUGCUUAAGUGAUGGUACAUCGUUUAUGUGGAACGUUCAGUGUGAAAGAAAUAACGCCGGAUAUACUUUCGACGGCAUUGAUUCAGACGGUCAGAAUAUACCAAUACAAAUUAAAGGAAACCCAUUAUAUACGGGAGAGAAUGAUACAUAUUAUAACUUCAAUAACGGUGUAUCAAGACCUCCAGCACCUCAGAUAUGGUUAUGUAGAGAUACAUAUUUCCUAGUUUCCUCACAAGGCGUAAAGUAUAUCGGUAAUGACACACCACCAGGUAAAUAA